AUGUCUGCUCCAAAUGGUAACAGCGAAAGCUAUGACCAUGCUAGCAAAAUGGAAGCAAGCAGUGGAAAUACAGAACAACUUGAAAGACUUCAAACUGCUGGAGGACAUGUGGAUGACCGAAGUCAGCCAUCCUUGCCAGUCGUUCAUCGCCGCUUCGCCAAUCCAGCUCCUCUCGGUCUGCUCUCCUUUGCUACAGGAAUCUUCCUCAUCUCCAUAUAUGGUGUUCAAGUACGGGGAGUCGCAACUCCCAAUGUUCUCGUUGGAGUCUUGAUUUUCUUCGGUGGUGUUUGUCAAUUCAUCUCUGGCAUUAUGGAGUUUGUCAGCGGCAAUACUUUCGGCGCAACUGUCUUCCCCUCUUACGGCGCUUUCAACCUGUCAUACGCCAUGAUCUAUCUUCCUGGUUCGGGAAUCCUGGCUGCAUAUACCGACAAAACUACAGGAGAGUUGAAUGACCAAUUUGCAAAUGCUCUUGCCAUGUAUCUCUGGGCUUGGUUUAUUCUAACGGUCAUUUUCACUGUUGCCGCCAUGAGAUCAUCUUGGGUCUUGUUUGGCGACCUUUUCGUGCUGUGCAUUGUCCUUAUGCUUCUUGCCUGCGGUUAUAUGCUUAAUAAUACAUCGCUGGAGAAGGCUGGUAGUGGGCUUGGGUUUGUAGUUGCUUUUCUAAGCUACUGGGCAGGAUGCGCUGGCCUCUUUGCGAAUGGUAUCACACCUAUCAAUCUCCCGGUGUUCUCUAUGUAUACAGAAACUUGA